AUGGAAGCCGCCAAGAGGAAGCGCACGACAAACCGCACUGCUUUCACGCGUGCAGCAGGUGAUCUGGCCAAGGCUCUGGAAAAUGCGGUGGAUAAAGACGAAAUAACAGUACGUCUACAGCUCCUCGAAGAAAAACACGAUCAAUUACAGGCAGCAAACAAAGUGCUAUUGGCAUGCAUGCACGAGGCGGAGGACGUGUCGGAAACGGCCAUUGCGGAUGAAGACGCCUCCCAUGAUGAAUAUACGAGAAAGUUCCUGCGGGCGAGACUCACCGCCAGGAACGCAUUGGAGAUGACAAACAUGGCUGCUGCAACCACUAGCGUAUCGGUUACCGACGGCGCACCUGAGAUGACAAACAUGGCUGCUGCAACCGGCGUAUCGGUUACCGACGGCGUAGGUACACCCGUUCGCUAUCAGGCCCCUGCUCUAACGAAUCAGAUCAAAUUGCCAAAGAUCGAACUCAAGAAGUAUGAUGGUGAUAUCAAGGAGUGGCUGCGAUUCUGGUCUCAGUUUAAAAAGAUCCACGAGAAUGCUGCGAUGGAUAAAGGGACCAAAUUCGAAUAUCUCUUGCAAGCGAUAGUACCGGAUUCACGCGCGGCCGAAUUAGUAGGUAGUUUUCCACCUACCGAGGAAAAUUAUGAUAAAGUUAUCGACGCGAUAAAGAAUCGUUUCGGUCGUGAUGAGAUUCUUGUAGAGGUAUAUGUGCGCGAGCUACUAAAACUAAUACUGCAAAAUGCUUUGAAACCUAAUGAGAAGAUGAAAUUAUCGAGUCUGUUUGACAAAAUAGAAUCACAGCUUCGGGCUCUCGAAUCGCUUGGCGUGACCACCGACAAAUGCGGCGCCAUGUUGUUCCCUCUUGUCGAAUCAUCGUUGCCGGAAGAAUUGUUAUGCGCAUGGCAGCGAAAUCAGGCACCGUCAUCCAGGGGAUCGGGAACAUCGCCGAAAGAAAAUAGACUCACGCAGUUAAUGAAAUUUCUACAAUCCGAGGUGGAGAACGAGGAACGUAUAACGAUGGCAGUAAGUGGCUUUGACCUGAACGAACGGAAGCAAUCAAAGCAUAAGCAACGUGCGGAAUCCCACAAGGACACCCCCUCUGCUAUGAGUUUACACGCAAGGGGAAAGGUUAGUAAAUCUACUGUGUGUGUGUUCUGCGACGAUGAACAUGCUAGCUCAAAAUGUGAGAAAGCUCGUAAAAUGGCUCUGAAUGAUAGAAAGUCAGUACUACAAACCAAGAAAGCAUGUUUUAACUGUCUUAAAAUAGGGCAUUCAAGUCGAAUAUGUCGCGGAAAUAUUAAAUGUGCCUUAUGCGACCGUCGCCAUUUCGUGCUUAUGUGUCCUGAAGUUGUUAGCGACCAUAGUACCCCGCCAUCCAACGAAGCAGUCAAAGAUGAGAAGACGUUACUUAAUCGCACUAGAGGACCUGAAGUCAUACUACAGACGGUACAUGCGAUCAUAAGAAACCAACAGGCGGAGAAGAUAGUACGCGUAUUCUUCGAUUCAGGUUCAACCAGGUCGUACGUGUGUAAGGAUCUUGUUCACGACAUGAAGUAUGAGCCGAUUGGUGCAUUGAGACUGAAGCAGUCUCUGUUCGGUAACAUGUCAUCGGAAAUCAAGGAUCACAAGAAGUACUUAGUCCAUCUGCGCAGUCUGGAUGGGAAUUAUGCCUGUAACUUCAAAGCCUAUGAUGAGGAGAAGAUAUGUGCCGAGGUUCCGCUGUGGGAUGAGCUACCGCGGAUGAAUGAACUGAAAGAGCUAGAUAUCCAGUUAACUGACGGACCAGGUGAGUCUGUCCAUGCUCAGCCUAUUAAAAUUCUUAUCGGAGCUGAUAUUGCUGGAAAGUUAAUGACCGGUAGGACCCAGCAGCUGAAGUGCGGUCUGACGGCCAUCGAGACGCAUCUCGGAUGGACGUUGAUGGGGGAAACUCCGAAUGCCAGCUCGGAAAGACUCGCGGUACAGACCACUUCUAUGUUGCAACGAGAAACCUGCAUAUCUGAUUUGUGGAACUUGGACGUCAUCGACAUUAAGGAUCCCGUUGUCGAAAAGGCUCGAAGGGACCAUGAUGAUCAAGUUCGAAAAUGGUUUGUCGAAACCAUUACGACCAAUGAAGAAGGACGCUAUUCAGUGUGUCUCCCGUGGAUCCAGUCACACCCCGCUCUGCCAAGUAACCGAGACCUUGCGGAGAAGAGACUCGUCACGACUGCGAAAAAACUUAAGGCUACUAGGAUGUACACGGCCUACAAUCGAAUUUUCAACGAGUGGAGAGAGGAAGGGAUCAUCGAGUUGGUGCCAAUCAACGAGAUAGAGACAAGGGGUCACUAUCUUCCUCAUCGUGGAGUCGUCAAAGAAGGCAGCUCUACACCCUUCAGGCCGGUAUUCGAUGCGUCAGCCAAAGAUAAAGAUUCGCCCUCAUUGAAUGAAUGUUUGGAAACAGGGCCUAACCUAAUUGAACUAAUUACGUCCUUACUUUUACGUUUUAGAAAGAGAAAAUUUGGUAUAACCGCAGAUAUUAGAAAGGCUUUCUUACAAAUAAGUUUAUCCAGGAAUGACAGAGACUUUCUCAGAUUUUUAUGGUAUGAUGACUACGGAAAGAUAAAUGUUUAUCGACAUACCAGAGUAGUUUUUGGUGCAACGUGCAGUCCUUUCAUUCUUGGAGCGGUAAUUGACUUUCACUUAAAAAACCUACUGUCAGACGAGAAACGGAAAGUAUGUAUGACUGACGCGACGGGUAAUAUUCCUCAAUUAAUGGAGAGUUUUUACGUGGACAAUUGUGUGACUAGCGUAGAUACAAUGGAAGAAGUUAAUGGGUUUAUGAGUGAUGCGCGAUAUGCGAUGCGUGAGGGCGCGUUCGACCUCAGAGGGUGGGAGCAUACCGGAUCAAAGACGGGGGAGGGAGAAAUCUCAGUGCUAGGCAUGAUUUGGAAUAAACGCACUGAUACUCUGCAUCUGACAAUACCUCCCAUCGAAUCGGUCUUAAAUGGGAAAAUCACCAAGCGCGUGAUAGUAUCGGUGGCUCAUCGUAUUUUCGACCCUCUGGGAUUAAUUUGUCCGGUCAUGAUAUGUCCUAAACUUUUGUUACAGCAAACCUGGAUCUCAAGAGCAAAGUGGGAUGAGGAAUUGAGCGAAGAGAUACAAAAGGAGUUUAAAAGUUGGCUCAACAAUCUGUCGUCAUUAAAGGAGUUAAAGAUUCCUCGGUGGGCCUUUUGCUCUUCGGAUCCGGGGGCUGAAAUUAGCUUUCACGUAUUCUGCGACGCGAGCAAGAAGGCUUACGCGGCAGUGAUGUAUGCACGGAUGGAGUACGACUCUCAAGUUAAUGUUGUAACCGUGGACUUUUUGUGA